AUGGCCGGUUCGAUCUCAACCUCGUUGCUCUUAUCAUCUCCGUCGAAUUCGAAAUCGGUUUCGAGCUCAAACUCAAAUUCUCUUUCUUUCCUUGCCAACUUAAAACCAUUCCGAUACUAUCCAUUUCAAUCACAGAGCCCAGAUCGGAUUUCAUCGAGAUCUCCGUUUCCCUCAAUCCGAUCGGGAAUCCGGGAGCUGCGAGAACGAAUCGACAGUGUGAAGAACACGCAGAAGAUAACAGAGGCGAUGAAACUCGUGGCGGCGGCUAGGGUUCGUCGAGCUCAAGAAGCAGUCAUCAGCUGUAGACCUUUCACCGAGACCUUAGUCGGGAUUCUCUACUCAAUCAACCAAUCCGCUCAAUUGGAAGACAUCGAUUUUCCUCUGAGCAAUGUUAGACCCGUGAAGAGAGUUGCUUUGGUUGUGGUAACCGGUGACAAAGGCCUAUGCGGUGGUUUCAACAACGCAGUGAUCAAAAAAGCUAAUUCACGAGUUCAAGAGCUGAAGCAGCGAGGAAUAGAGUGUGUUGUGAUAAGCGUAGGUAAGAAAGGGAAUGCGUAUUUUAGGAGGAGAGACGAUGUCGACGUGGAUAAAUGUAUCGAAGGAGGAGGAGUUUUCCCGACGGCGAAAGAAGCGCAAGUGAUCGCAGACGAUGUGUUUGCCUUGUUUGUGAGUGAAGAGGUGGAUAAAGUCGAGCUUGUUUACACAAAGUUUGUGUCUUUGGUGAAAUCCGAUCCUGUGAUCCACACUCUGUUGCCGUUGUCGAUGAAAGGAGAGUCUUGUGAUGUGAGAGGAGAGUGUGUUGAUGCGAUGGAGGAUGAGAUGUUCAGGCUGACGAGCAAAGACGGGAAGCUAGCUGUGGAAAGGACGAAGCUUGAAGUUGAGAAACCUGAGAUCUCGCCGUUGAUGCAGUUUGAGCAAGACCCUGUUCAGAUUCUUGAUGCGAUGAUGCCUCUGUAUUUGAACAGUCAGAUUCUGAGGGCAUUACAGGAGUCUUUGGCGAGCGAGCUCGCGUCGCGGAUGAGCGCGAUGAGUAGUGCUACUGAUAAUGCGGUUGAGUUGACGAAGAAUCUCAAGGUUGCUUACAAUCGGCAGAGACAGGCUAAGAUCACUGGGGAGUUGCUGGAGAUUGUGGCUGGAGCCGAGGCUCUUCGAGAUUCUUAG